GGACCCCUGAGGGUACCCAACGAAUCAAUGGCGUCUGUGUGCACUUGUAUGCUUCUCCCAAUGUGAUACUACUAUAAGGCGAAGUUUGCCGAAUAGAAGCGUACACCUGUGAUACUGAAGAUAAGGUUUUGACCAGACGCCAGUCAUGACUGACACUGAGAAGAAACCUUUGGGAGGAGAUACCUCCACUAAAAACACAAGCAAGGAGAUGGAGAUGGAGAAGGAGAAGGACAAAAAGAAGCGAUCUCGAGUGAAACAGUUGCUGGCAGAUGUCAAAAAACAAGUGGACUUCUGGUUUGGCGACGCAAACCUCCACAAGGACAGGUUUCUGAAACAACUCAUUACCGAGUCCAGGGAUGGAUACGUAGACAUAUCUGUGUUGCCAACAUUUAACCGAAUGAAAAAGCUCACCACAGAUGAGAAGUUGAUUGCCAGAGCACUGAAAAACUCAUCCACGGUAGAGGUCAACCUUGAAGGAACAAAAAUCCGCAGGAAACGUCCCCUUGGAGAGGAUCCAAAAGAUGUGGAUCAGCGUACAGUCUAUGUGGAACUGCUGCCCAAGGAUGUGACCCACGGCUGGAUAGAGCGAGUGUUCAGCCAGUGUGGCAGCAUCGUUUACAUCAGUCUUCCCAGGUACAAGUCCACUUACCAUCCCAAAGGUUUCGCCUUCGUUGAGUUUGAGACCGUGGAGCAGGCCCUGAAAGCCAAAGAGAUGCUGAACAACCCACCCGGGGAUGCCCCACGCAAGCCUGGCAUCUUCCCCAAGUCCAGGAAGAACAAGCCCCUGCCCCAGCUCACAGCGGACGACUCGCGAGAGGAAGACGAGGACGAGAAGAAGAAGAAAAAGAAGAAGAAAUCUCGCAGCGCGCGGAAGGAGGGUGCCACUCAACCCACGGCAAUGGAGACGGCCAAUGAGCCGGAGGAGAAGAGCGGGAAGGCGGAGCCUGGAGACGUGAAGAGCCACCAGCCGCGGCCAGAUGGUGGCGCCGUAGAGCCCGAGGGGGGUGUGGAGAGGGAUGGGGAGAGGGUGGGGGAGGGUCAGGUGAAGACCCCCGCUAAACGUGCGGAGAAGAAAAGACGGAGGUCCCAGAGCACGGAGAUGCCAGAGGGUGGCGGGCAGGACGAGAUGCCCGCCAAGACGAGACGGAGGUCCCAGAGCACGGAGAAGCAUGAGGGUGGCGGGCAGGACGAGAUGCCCGCCAAGACGAGACGGAGGUCCCAGAGCACGGACAAGUCAGAGGGUGGCGGGCAGGACGAGAUGCCCGCCAAGAUGAGGAAGCUGGAGGAAGAGUCCGAGAGUGAGAUGAAGGAUUCUGCGGUUGAAAGCGAGAAGCAGGAAGAUGUAGAUGAGAAGAAGGAUGACUCCCUGCUGAAGGCCAAGAGGAAACGCAAGAAGAAGCACAAGGAGCGCCUGAAGAUUGGAGAAGAGGUCAUUCCUCUCCGAGUGCUCUCAAAGAGGGAGUGGCUGGAGCUGAAGCACCAGUACCUGCAGCUCCAGAAGCACUCCAUGGGCGCCCUGAAGAAGUCCAUGACUGAGAUCACGCCCCGGGGCAAGCAGGCCACCAUGGAGUGUGACGCCGCUCCGCAGGACCAGAACAACGCUGAAGCGUGUAAGCCGGGCAGUAAAGAGGAUCCCAAGGGCCCUCAGUUUGAGAGCGGGCUGAUCGUCAAGAUCACAGACACUCAGCCCCUGCCGGGGAAGAAGAGUGUCAAGGACGCUCUGUCUGAGUUCUCCCCGGUGGUGUAUGUGGACAUCCUGGAGGGGGAUGCAGAGGGCCACGUACGCUUUAAGACCCCAGAGGACGCCCAGACCGUCAUGGCCGCUCAGCCCCAGCUCCAGAAGCAACACAAAUGGAAACUGGAGAUCCUCUCUGCGGACCAUGAGCAGAGGUACUGGCAGAAGAUCCUGGUCGACCGACAGGCCAAACUCAACCGUCCCCGAGACAAGAAGCGAGGCACAGAAAAGCUCAUCGCCAAGGCCGAGAGGAUUAUUGUGGCACGGGCCAGGGAGGCGAGCAAGCACCUCCGCUUCAUGGAGGACUGAUGACCACACACACACACACACACACACACACACACGUACACACUCCCCUGGCACAGGAUGCUCCUCUUGGCGGAAUGUUGCAUUUGGCUUCAAGUGUGAGUGAUCUUCAGUGAUGGCCUGGGUGUUCUUGAUGAUUUUGUAGACCUCAUGUAAGGGGUCAACAAUGGUGAAUUCUUUUUAAGGGAUACUGAAUAUUAAUUUAACAGUUAUCUGACUGCAUUUUUAUGCCCAGUUUAGAUAUUUUUAUAAAAUUCUGUUGUAUAUGUUGUAAAUAGGAAUUAUGUUUGAAAGUAAUCCUCAAACCCUCUUUGUAAUGCGAAGUCCGGCAUCUCCUGUGAAAGGCUGUGUGGUGUUUGUACAGUUUUUCAGUAUUUCAGUAUUUUGCUUACCCAGAGAUCUUGUUUUUAUUGUUUUUUUUUUUGUUUUGUUUUUUAAAUAAACUUUCAAACAAG